UUUGGAUCAGACUGAGGGAUUUGUCAGAGAAACAGUAGAAAGGGUUUUUUCUUCUCUGUGAGAAUUAAAUUCCAGGUGAGGUUUUUAAAGAGAGAAAGAGCUGUGGGAAGACUGUAGUGAAUAUAAGAUGAGAUGUGUUGACAUGUAGAACCUUGUAUAAUGUUUCUUUAAGUAAGGGGAAAUCCCCGGAAGUGGAAGUGAAAGAAGAACAGAGACGCAGAAGCGCAGAAGAACAGAGGAACAGAGGAACAGUUGAACAGCAGAACAGGCGCGCGUUUGCUACUCGUGAAGAUCUGCAUUUAUUCUUCAGAAGAUACAUCACAACCCCUGAGAAAAUGAGUUCAUCUGAGAGUGAUGUUGAAGAAGAUGAGAGGUUUAUCAGCAGUGCACUAUGUCUGCUAGGAUUUAGCAUCAUAUAGUCCAGACUAUAUGAAAAUUUUUUCCACUUAAUGAAGUCAGAAUCGAAGGCAGGAUUAACCGCAUAGGCAGGUAGGCAGGUAAAACCAACAAAGUUAUCAGAAGAAAAUGUCGUACUCACCUGGACCCAGCGUUGUGUCUAUGAAGAGUGAACAGUCGAUGGGUUUGCCAAUUUUGUUUUCAGUGGACCAAAAAAAAAGUUUGUUUAAAAAAAAAAGAUCAGAGUCACCUGAAACCAGCAUUACAUCAGUAAAGAGAAAGUCAUCAGACUCACCAUAUGAACAGGCAGAUGCACCUAGAAAGAAAAAUAAGAAAACAAGGUCUGACUCACCUGGACCAAGCGUUGUGUCUAUGAAGAGUGAACAGUCAAUGGGUUUGCCAAUCAUGUUUUCAGAGGAGCAGAAAAGAUAUAAGAAAAGGUCUGACUCACCUGGGCCAAGCGUUGUAUCACUGAAGAGUGACCAGUCCAUGGGUUUGCCAAUGAAGUUUUCAGAGGAGCAGAAAAAAGACAAACAGGGACUAUCAAAUCCUUUAACUGGGCAGUUGGAAACCGAAUUUCUGCCAACGAGGGCAGAAUAUCCAGCAGACAAUAUUAGAGUGAUGGAGGACAAAGCGCAUCUGAGCAGGACCAGAGAACUUGAUACUUCAUGGAAGCAAAGUUUCAAAUCCAAACUCCAGAAGAAAUUUGAGAGGAUUAGUGAGGGAAUCUUAAAGUAUGGUAACUCAAGGCUUCUAAACGAGGUUUACACAGAACUGUGUAUCACAUCGGAGUUCAGGUGUAGUCAUGUAUAUGAAGAACAUGAGGUCAGUUAUAGUGAGUCUUGCAGGAGUCUAAUAACAGAGGAGUCCAUUAACUGUAAUGAUAUCUUUAAAGCCUUACCUGGAGAUGAGAAGCCUAUCAGAACCCUGCUAACAGAAGGAAUUGCUGGAAUUGGGAAAACAGUGUCUGUGCAGAAGUUUGUUCUGGACUGGACUGAAGGAAAAGCAAAUCAGGAUUUGGACUUCAUUUUUCCAUUUAACUUUAGAAAGUUAAAUUUUCAGAAGAAAAAAUGUUUCAGUUUGUUGGAACUUCUCAAUUUUUAUUUCCCAGAAACCAAAAACCAAAUCAUGGACUUUCAUCAUUACAGAAUCAUGUUUAUCUUUGAUGGACUGGAUGAGUCUCGCUUUACUUUUGAUUUCCUAAACAGCAAAGUGUUGACUGAUCCCACAGCGUCAGCUUCAUUAGACGUACUGCUAACAAAUCUUAUUAAUGGGAAUCUGCUUCCAUCUGCGUUCCUCUGGAUAACAUCUCGGCCGGCAGCAUCCAGUGAGAUUCCUCCUGUUUGUAUUCACAGAGUAACAGAGGUACGAGGAUUCUCUGACCCUCAGAAAGAUGAGUACUUCAGAAAAAGAAUCAGUGAUCAAGACCUGGCUAAUAAAAUCAUCACACACCUGAAAUCAUCUCGAAGUCUUUACAUCAUGUGCCACAUGCCAGUCUUCUGUUGGAUUGCAGCGACUGUUCUCGAGGGAAUGUUCAGUGAAGAAGAAACUGGAGAGGUCCCCAAGACCCUGACUCAAAUGUUCACACACUUCCUGAUCUUACAGAUCAAACGUGGAUGCCUGAAGUACAAAAAACAAGAAGUGGAUCCUGGACAGGUUACAGAUAUUGUAGUUAAACUGGGAAAGCUGGCAUUCCAGCAGCUGGAGAAAAGAAACCUGAUCUUCUAUGAGGAGGACCUCUUGAAGUGUGGUAUUGAUGUAAGAGAGGCUACGGUGUACUCAGGGGUUUGCACUCAGAUCUUUAUCGAGGAAGUGUCUUCACAUCUGGGGAAGGUGUACAGCUUUGUACAUCUGAGUGUUCAGGAGCAUCUUGCUGCUGUGUUUGUCUUUCUCUCAUGUGUCAAUGGAAAUCUCUCAAAACAAGAAGUUCCUGAAAUCCUCGACCUCUCCAGCACAGCAACACUAUUGGACCUUCUAAAGGCAGCAGUUGCCAAGGCUCUAAAGAGUAAGACUGGACACCUGGACCUUUUCCUCCGCUUCCUUAUGGGUCUUUCACUGGAGUCCAAUUCAGUUAUCUUACAAGCCCAUCUUACAGAGACAGGGCGCAGAUAUCUGAGAAACCAUGCUGCUGCCACAAACAAGGAAAUAACUACAUACAUCAAGGAGAAGAUCAGGAAAAAUCCAUCAGAAAAGAAAUCCAUCAAUCUGUUCCGCUGUUUGAAUGAACUAGAUGAUCAGUCUCUGGUACAGGAAGUUCAACAUUUUUUGAGUAAUAGAGUAAAUCAUUGCCUCCGGGGAGUCAAACUUUCAGCAGUUCAGUGGUCCGCUCUGGUUUUCUUGUUAUUGAACUCAAAUGAGGUCCUGGAAGAGUUUGACCUACAGAAAUAUGCACCAUCAGAUGAUUGCUUGAUGAAACUACACCAAGUGGUUGCAAUGUCCAGAAAAGCUCUGCUGUGUAGAUGUAAUCUUACCAGGAAAAGUCUGACAAGUCUGGCUAAAGCUCUCAGCUCACCCUGUUCAUGUCUGAGAGAGCUGGAUCUGAGUGAUAAUAACCUGCAGGACUCAGGAUUCAAACUGCUUUCACCUGGGUUGGAGAGUCCACACUGUAAACUGGAGAUCUUAAGACUUCAUAAUUGCCAACUUACACAGAAAAGUUGUGCAGUUAUUGUUGUAGUUCUUACGUCUAAGUCGACACAUUUGAUAGAGCUGAGUCUCGGCCACAAUAAUCUGCAAGACUCAGGUGUGAAGAGUCUCUCUGGAGCACUGCAGAGUCCAUGCUGCAAACUGAAGUCACUGAGUUUGAAUGAAUGUGGCUUUACAGAAGAAGGCUGUAUCUCUCUUGCUGAAGCUCUGAAGUCAAAUUCGCACCUAAGGGAACUGGAUCUGUGUGCUAAUGACCUGGGAGAACAGGGAGUGAAGAUGCUCACUGAUAUAAAGGAGGAUGAAAAUUACACACUGGAGAAGUUAAAGCUCUGAGAUCUUCAGCCUUGACCUUGUUUAAGGAUGUCUCAUGGAGAUACAUACAACCAUUCACACUUUCUUCAUUUGUACGUCAUCAUUAAUAUAUUAUUCGCUUUGUAAUAUGAAACUGUUUAUGGCAGAUGAAAAAAAGUAGCUUUGUGUUUUCCACCUUUAUGUCCAGCUGUACAAAUGUUCAUCAUAAAGAAGCUCCAGAAUAUAAUCCAUAUUGUUGGAAACUAAGCUACAGAUUGUGUUGAUGAUUGUAGAGGGUUUGUGUGUUUGUUGUUAGACAGUUUUAGUGUUACCUUGAUAAACGUAAUUGGAUAUGAAGAUACUAUAGGAAGUGUGAUUAAGGUUGGUGGUCAUGGUUGCGUGUUGAGCUUGAGAGUGUGAUGUGGGUGUCAGCGAGUACGCAGCCUGAACAUCGCAGCGCUAAGGAACCCACCAAGGUGAGAAGGCCACAGGCGAUCCGAGGAGCCCCCCGUAUCCAGUGGUUCAGUGUGAGCGAUCUUGAUGGUGAGGCAGGAGGGUGGAGCGAUGGUGGCAGUGAAGCGGAAUGGUGAAGCGACAACCUCAGCAAAGCCAGGGGGCAAAGCAACAUUCUCAGUGGAGCUCUGAUGUGGAGCUAUGCCCUCGGUGGAGCAUGAGGGUAGAGCAGCGUCCUCCAUGGGGAUUGGGCAGAAUGAGUUUGGGAAGAAUCUUAAGGUAAUGCCCAAUGUCAGGGAGUGGUUUAAAUCGGUCUGUGUGAAAACACAUAACACAUGAACUAGCAUUUAAUAGCAGCCUGUGGACGUGUUAAUGAUGGUUUACUAUCUAUUGCUUUAAUCAUCUUGGGUGUUUUUAAAGGAUAUUUGUAAUUAAAGGUCUUGUGUGUGUUAGUUAGUAGAGAAUUCUGUGCUGGAAGAGUUGGUUGGCAUACAGUAGCAGACAGAUGUGUACUGCAGGUGAUGAUUCACAGAGAUGAUUUUGGGAGAUUUCCAGCAGUAGCAGGUUAGAAGAUUCAAAAACUAUAUUCUAAAUGGCUGAUGGAAUCCUGACGUGUCACCAGUAAUCUGAGUGUUGCUUUUGUCUGCACAGCAAAUUAUAGUAAAAUCUUAGGAAUAAAGAAGAGAAAACAGUUCGAUCUGAUUGAUAAUAAUUAGAUUUCAGGAUAACAGUGAUAAGUCAGAUCAUGUAUAUAUCAUAUUACAAGCUCAUGUUCUGUAUAGUGCACUUAGAAAACAUGGAGCUAAAAUCCAUCCUCCUCCUUAUUCGAUUCUCCUCUCAUCUCACAGCUACUGAUUAUUAAUCUGUACUUAUUAAAUACAUUUAAGACAUAAAAACAGCAGUUUGUAGCAGUGAACUAAUAUCUCUGUUUUGCACUCUUUCUUAGCGUAAAGAUACAGAAUAUUGUGUAAACAUUUUCCUGUGCUGUUUAACUGUAUUUAAUCUGUCUUAUGAUUUAUGAUCAACAAUGUAAGGCCUGUAAAUGCAUGCUUAUAUAUGUAGAUUACCAGCUUUGACUUCAGAAAAAUCAAAAACUAGUAUUUUUCUUUCACACCUUUACAGCAAACAUAUUACAUUUGUUCUGUCUCUGGUAUCUGAUGGUAUUUUCAGUGAUAAUAAAAUAAAAUAUACAAGAACUUUUAUUUAU